CCCGCCUGUAGAUGUGCCAUCACAGUAUGGCUAACUGUACCCCCCCGCCGGGCUUUACGUGGAGCGAUAUUAACAAGAAAUUUAAAAAUAAAAACUUCAUUGAAAGAAAGUUAAAUCAGCGAACCGAAGUGCUCACGGGCCAAUCUCGAAACACCACGCUACCUGACACGGAGAGGAACAUGCUGGAGUUAGCUGAUCCCUCUGGUCCGCCGACACUCGCCACGUCAGCGCUCCACGCACUGGACAUACAGUUCUGCGCUCAAGGUGUUACGACAAUUCAUCCCCCCGCCACUCCACCGUACCCUCCUCCGCAACAUCUGUUCCCAGUGCAGCAACUAGCCACCAACCUCAACCAACACCAACUUGAAGAGUUGCGGCAGCAACUGCUGCAAAUCCAGCAUAAGCAACAUGAGGAGCAGCAGCAACAGCAACGCGCGGCAGUGGAGGUGAAGAACAAGAAGGGUAACUCCCCGCUGUGGCUGGCGGCCAACGGCGGACACCUCGCCGUCGUGGAGAUGCUGUACGCCGCCGGCGCGGACAUCGACUCACAGGACAAUAGAAAGGUGUCGUGCCUGAUGGCCGCUUUCCGUAAGGGCCACACCAAAGUAGUCAAGUGGAUGGUAGGAGUCGUCACUCAGUUCCCCUCCGACCAGGAAAUGACCAGGUACAUCUGCACGAUCUCCGACAAGGAGGUGCUGGAGAAGUGCCAGGAGUGCGUGCGCGUGAUCCGCGCGGCGAAGGAGACGCAGGCGGCGCGCGCCAACCAGAACGCCACCAUCCUGCUGGAGGAGCUGGACGCCGAGCGCUGCCGCGAGGAGACGCGCCGCCUCGCCGCCGCGCGCCGCCGCGAGCGCAAGAAGAAGAAGAAGAUUGAGAAAAAGGAGGAAAGACGGAAGCUGCAGGAGGAGAACGACAAGAACUCGUUGUACUGCGAGAAGGCGCUGGGCGAGUGCUCGGAGGGCGGCGAGCCGGACGACGAGCCCGUCGCCAAGGAGGAGGGCGACUCCGGCAUCGACGCCAACUCGCAGGGUUCCUGUUCUUCAUCGGACGUGAAGGCGCCGCCCGCGCCCACCACUAAAACCAAGAAGAAAAAGAAGGAGGACAAGACUGCACCCCCGCCGGCCGCGCCCCCUGCACCCCCUAAUAAGAAACAACCAGAUAAGGUAUACAAUUUAUUUUAACUUUUAAUUUCUAACUAUCUUGUCAAUUU